AUGGAAGGCAUGGAUAUGGGCUCUACACACAGCAUGAGCUCCUCGAGCUCUAUGAGCAUGAGCAUGGUGUUCAAAAACACCCACGACACGCCUCUUUUCUCCAAUACCUGGACUCCUUCAUCUUCGGGUAGCUUUGCAGGCACAUGUAUCUUCUUGAUUGUCCUCGCUAUCAUCGACCGAUGCCUCAUCGCCUUCAAAGCAACCAUGGAGCGCCACUGGCUCGCCACGCAUCUCAAUCGACGAUAUGUCACUGUGGCUGGCAAAAGCACCGAAGCUGGCAACAUUGACUCCGACCCGGACGCGAAGAUUGCAUCCCUUAUUACUGCACAGGGCGUUGAGGAGUCAGUCAAAGUUGUGCACAACAUCACUCAUGGGCCAACUCCCUGGCGGUUCAGUGUUGAUUUACCGCGAGCAUUGUUAUUCUUAUGCAUUGUGGGCAUAUCAUAUCUACUCAUGCUGGCUGUCAUGACUAUGAACAUCGGCUAUUUCUGCUCGGUGCUUGGAGGCGCUUUCCUCGGGGAAUUAGCGGUCGGGCGCUUCAUUCAAACUAAUGAGCACGGACACUGA